CCAACUCCAGCAAAUAGUAAGAAGCAAGAGGGCCCACUGACACCUGGGCCCACCUGGAGUUUUCUUGGUAUCCUGGUGGGCCAGUCCAACACUGCAGCCAUUGACCUUUAUUUGUUCAAAUUAUAUGGUAUCUUCUCAGGCUUCAUAAUGUUAUGGUGCCAUACAAAGGACCCUUGGGCAGGCUGGGGAUAUGUGUAAUCGUUAGGAAUCUAUGGAGUCCUGGGGUAGCCCGGGGGCAAUUGUUCCUAACAGUGAAUUACCUCAGCAAUGCUUACUGAAAAUAAACUUGUUAUAACCAACGGUAACCACAUGAUGUCAGUAUAUUAAAGCUUAUCCCCAGACUAGGAGCUUGCUUUUAGAGGCGGUUCUUCGUUUAUAGGAAGUACUGGUGCUCCCAGAAACACGUGUGUCAGGAAAGGAAUCCCACAGCAAAAUGGGUCCGGAUGCUAAGAAACAGAAGUUGCAGAGUGAAGAUCACCUGCAGAAUGACCUUCCAGUCUCAUGCUUCUUGGCCUGGUGUAAGAAGGUAGGCCUGGAGCUAAAUCCAAAGGUAUACAUUAGCACAGAGGGGACUGUAUCACAGUAUGGAAUGCUUGCACGUGAGGAUCUAUCAGAUGGGGAGCUCCUAUUUAGCAUUCCUAGAUCUGCCAUCCUAUCCCAAAACACCACUAGGAUUCGAGACCUUAUUGAGAAAGGAUAGUUUGCAAAGCUGCUCUGGCUGGGUUCCUCUUCUUAUCUCACUUUUGUAUGAAGCAACAGACAGUUCUUCACAUUGGGCUCCAUACUUUGGUCUGUGGCCCGAACUGGAUCCUCCUGACAUGCCUAUGUUCUGGUCAGAAGAGGAGCAAACCAAAUUACUACAGGGUACAGGGAUCCUGGAGGCAGUGCAUAAAGAUCUUAAGAAUAUCGAAAAAGAAUAUAACUCCAUAGUCCUGCCUUUUAUAAGAAGGAAUCCAGAAAAAUUUUGCCCCAUGAAACACACUCUGGAUCUGUAUAAAAGGCUGGUGGCAUUUGUUAUGGCAUAUAGUUUUCAGGAACCCCAGGAGGAAGAUGAGGAGGAAGAUAUUGAGAAGGACAUUUUACCACCUAUGAUGGUGCCUGUAGCUGAUCUUUUGAACCAUGUGGCACAACACAAUGCACAUUUGGAAUUUACACCUGAGUGCCUUCGUAUGAUUACCACAAAAUCCGUGUGUGCAGGGCAAGAGCUAUUUAAUACAUAUGGGCAGAUGGCAAACUGGCAGUUGUUACACAUGUAUGGAUUCGCAGAACCUCACCCACAGAACUGCAAUGAAACAGCUGAUAUUCAGAUGGUAACAGUGCGGGAAGCUGCUUUUCAAGUUGCCCGAACAGAAGAGGAUCGAUUAGAGAUGCAGAAGAGAUGGGAUUUUCUGUGUCAUAUAGAGAUUGUGGGGGAAGAAGGAGCAUUUGUCUUUGGACUUGAAGAGGUAAUGACUGAAGAGGAACUGAAAGCCUGUCUAAAGGUACUCUGUAUGUCUACAGACGAGUUUGCAGAGUACAAGGAAAAUGAUGGCUGGGAGGAAGAUGAGGAUAAUGAUGAACAAACAUUAUUGACCCAGGAAAUAUCACGUCUGCCAAUUCCCUGGCGCAAGCUUCUCCAUCUAAGUGCCGAACUUACUCUUAAAGCAUAUACAACUGAACUAAGCAUGGAUGAAGCUUUGGUUAAUGACCCAACAGCAUAUGCAAAAUUGAGUUCCAGAGAGCAGCACUCUCUUCAGGUGCAAUACGGGCAGAAAAAGAUCUUACAUCUGCUGUUGGAGCUUACCAAGUCCUGAGAAAAAGGAGCUGCAGGGAAGUUCAUUGGUAAUGAAUUCUGCCCAACAGAAAAUCAUCGAACCACACACACACUGCAAAUGGUGUGCACCCUUUGGACUAAUAUAUUAUAUUAUAUUAUAUAUAUAUAUAUAUAUAUAUAUAUAUAUAUAUAUAUAUAAAAUAAAUAAAACUUCUCCAUAACACAUUUUAAUGCCAGCCUCAUUAAUCACUUAUUUUAAUAAAAGCAAAUACAAGCAAAA